UUUAUAAUAUUAGUAUAGAUAUUCGCUUGCAUAAAUUAUACUCUAUUUAAUCCGCAUACGAUGUAGCUUCUUGUCGGUGAAAAAAAAUCUUUAUCGAAUAAGUAUUUCCAAAAUUAGAAACUAUACCUCUUUAUAAUAUUAGUAAAGAUGUAAACUUAUUUACUACAUAUUAUUAUAUAGUUAGCAAGUGAUAAAAACGUACCAGUUAGCCGUAGACUUCAAUAUCAGUACAAAUCCUCAUUGCUUGUUAUUUUUAUCAGUUCUUCUCUUUCUAGAUUAUAGUUUUUUGCGCGUGCGUGUUCAUGACCUUCGGUGUACCAGUGGAGCAAAGGGAAGGACGUUCACUUCCUGCUGUGGAGCAUAUAGAAGACAGAGAUGAACUUGGCCAAUAUACCCUAAAGUACGUAACAGCAGAGGGAACCAUCGUUAUGGAAAAAGGAAAACUAGUAGACACAGCCGAUGGUAAAGACAAAGUAUUGAUUUAUGAAGGUGAAUACACUUUUGUCGGCGAUGAUGGCAAAACGUAUACCACUAAAUACAAGAGUGAUCCAAGUGGUGCGUACACAGCUGAAGGUGAACAUCUUCCUAAAUCAGUCGACCCUGAACCUGUACCCGAGCCACCCAAAGAAAUGAUGCAACCAAGUGUUUAAACUUAAAAAUGUUAUAAAUUAAAUUGAUCGAGAUUUAUUACGUUUCGAAGUUUUAUUUCACGGAAAUUUCUGGUUAUUAUUGUUUGUAGAGAACUGUAAAAAUAUAAGACUUCUUUUGUCUGUCCAUUCCACU